AUGCUGCGGGCGCGCGGGCUGGCGCGGCUGCGGGCGGCGCCGGGCGCGGGGCGGCGCGGGGCGCGGGGCUGGCUGCGGCCCGCGGGCCACGACACGGGCGCGCGCGUGCACAACAGCCGCUCGCGGAGGAAGGAGCCGCUGGUCGUGGGCAGCGCGGACGCCGCGUCCUGGUACAGCUGCGGCCCCACCGUCUACGACCACGCGCACCUGGGCCACGCGUGCUCCUACGUCCGGUUCGACAUCAUCCGAAGGAUCCUCACCAGGGUGUUUGGGUGCAGCGUCGUCAUGGUGAUGGGCAUCACCGACGUGGACGACAAGAUCAUCCAGAGAGCCGGCGAGAUGCAGGUCUCGCCUGCAUCCCUCGCCCGCCUGUACGAGGAGGAGUUCAAGCAGGACAUGGCGGCCUUGAAGGUCCUCCCGCCCACGGCGUACAUGAGGGUGACGGACAACAUCCCUCAGAUCAUCGCCUUCAUCGAGGGCCUCGUGGCGCGGGGGCACGCGUACCCCACGGUGAGAGGCAAUGUCUACUUCGACCUGCAGUCGAGAGGGGACAAGUACGGCCAGCUGGGCACCCCGGGCCCUGGGCCGGCCGGAGAGCCAGCGGACUCCGACAAGCGGCACGCUGGCGACUUCGCCCUGUGGAAGGCGGCGAAGCCCCGGGAGGUGUGGUGGGCCUCGCCCUGGGGCCCCGGCAGACCGGGCUGGCACAUCGAGUGCUCGGCCAUGUGCAGCUCGGUGUUUGGGAGUCGGCUGGACAUCCACUCCGGGGGCGUGGACUUGGCUUUCCCGCACCACGAGAACGAGAUCGCGCAGUGCGAGGCCUUCCACCAGUGCGAGCAGUGGGGGAACUACUUCCUGCACGCGGGACAUUUGCACGUAAAAGGCAAAGAAAAAAUGUCCAAAUCUCUGAAAAACUACGUCACCAUCAAGGACUUCCUCAGGACCUCCUCCCCCGACGCCUUCCGGCUCUUCUGCCUGCGCAGCAGGUACCGGUCAGGCAUCGACUACAGCGAUGGCAGCUUGCUGGACGCCGAGCGCCUCCUGCGGGCCCUGGCCGCCUUCGUAGAGGACGCCCGGGCCUACGUGCGGGGCCAGCUGGCCUGCGGCUCCAUCAGCGAGGACGUGCUGUGGGAGAGGCUCAGCCACACCAAGGGGGUUGUGCGGGCUGCCUUGGCCGACGAUUUCGACACCCCCAGAGCAGUGGACGCCAUCAUGGACCUCGUUCACCACGGGAACCGGCAGCUGAGGGCGGCCACCGAGGAGGAGCCCGGAGGCCCCAGGAGUCCCAUCGUCUUCGGCUCGGUCAUCUCGUAUGUGGAGCAGUUUUUUGACACGGUCGGCGUCUCGCUGGCCGGCCAGCAGUCUGUUGCAGGGGACGGCAGCCUGGCCACGCUGCGCAGCGUCCUGGAGGAGCUGGUCCGCUUCCGGCUCAGAGUCCGGCAGUUCGCCCUGGCCCCGGGGGAGCCCCUGGGGGAGGCGCGGCAGCGGCAGCUGCAGGAGAGGCGGCCCCUGUUGGAGGCGUGUGAUGCCCUGCGCCAGGACCUGGCCGCCCAUGGCGUCAGCAUCAAGGACAGAGCCAGCACCUCUACAUGGGAACUGCGGGGUCCGAAGCCAGAAGACCAGACACCAGGCCACUGAGAACACGCGGGCGCAGGCAGGACGAGCCCUGUCCCGCUGUGUCACCAUAAAGCCGCGCAUUAGUGCGCCCGAGCUGCUGGUGAGCGAGCGGGCGCCGCACCCCGCUGUCCUGGCCUCCGUCACUGCGCCUGCGCACGGGUCCUUCCCGCCCAGGCCCUGAGCUGUCAGGCCUCAGGGGCAGGGGCCCCCCAUGAAGGGGGUCAGGAAGAGGGUCACAAGGCAGCUUCCGGGCUGCCUUACCCAGGGCCAGGGUGGAGAGCCCCCCACUGGCCAAGCAACUGCCACACGGCACAGAGAGCACGAGGCGGCGGCUGCAGCGCCCUGCGUGCUGCCCAUCAUGCGCCUCUGCACGCCGAAGACCUGAGCAGACCAGGAGGAGACGACAGAGCUGCAGGCCUGUCCUCGAGCCCCACGUGCUACCAGCGCACUGAGAUGCGCCACGGAGAGGCAGGCGGCUCGAGUGUCCCCCUGGCUGUUUAAGGAAAUAAACACACCAGGCCUGCCCGUGGCGCAGCAGGUUGAGCGCCGCACUGGGAAGCUGCCCGCAGCCUCUGCAGCGUGGGUUCAAUCCUGGCCGGCCGGCCAGCGAGGAUCCCACAGGGCGCAGCAGACCUCUCCUGCCGCCAGCUGCUCCCCUCAGCAGUGUGCUUCGGUCCUUCUGCCUGCUCUGCUCCCCGCUCUGGCUCUGGCGCAUCCUCUCACCCCCGCAUAUCUUGCCUGUAUCCUGGUUCUUGUAUAAAUAAAUCUUUAAAAUAAUAAUAAAAAAGAAAAUAAGCACAAAACUACAGGAAAAUAAACCACA